CGGUCAGAGCCGAUGAGGUGGAUGUGGAUGGCACCGUGGAAGAUGACUUGGGUAAAAGCAGAGAAGGAUCUCGAACAGAUGAUGAAGUUGUUCAGAGAGAGGAAGAAGCUAUCCAGCUAGAUGGCCUAAAUGCAUCCCAGAUCAAAGAAAUCAGAGAAAAAUCGGAGAAGUUUGCUUUUCAAGCAGAAGUGAACAGAAUGAUGAAACUUAUUAUCAAUUCUUUAUAUAAAAAUAAAGAGAUUUUCCUGAGGGAACUUAUUUCAAAUGCUUCAGAUGCUUUAGAUAAGAUUCGCUUAAUAUCCUUAACUGAUGAAAAUGCUCUUGCCAGUAAUGAGGAACUUACAGUCAAAAUCAAGUGUGAUAAAGAGAAGAACAUGCUUCAUGUUACAGAUACGGGUAUUGGCAUGACAAAAGAAGAGUUAGUUAAAAACCUGGGUACCAUUGCAAAGUCUGGUACAAGUGAAUUCUUAAACAAGAUGACUGAAAUGCAGGAUGAUAGCCAGUCGACAUCUGAGUUAAUCGGCCAGUUUGGUGUUGGCUUUUAUUCUGCUUUCUUAGUAGCAGACAGGGUCAUUGUCACAUCAAAACACAACAAUGAUACUCAGCAUAUUUGGGAGUCAGAUUCAAAUGAAUUCUCUGUGAUUGAUGAUCCAAGAGGAAACACCUUAGGACGUGGCACAACCAUAACCCUCGUCUUGAAGGAGGAAGCAUCUGAUUAUCUUGAGCUGGAUACUGUUAAAAACCUAGUAAAGAAAUACUCGCAGUUCAUUAAUUUCCCCAUAUAUGUGUGGAGCAGCAAGACAGAAACUGUUGAAGAACCCAUUGAGGAGGAGGAAGCUAAGGAGAAAGAAGAAACAGAUGAUGAUGAAGCUGCAGUUGAAGAAGAGGAGGAAGAAAAGAAACCAAAAACUAAGAAGGUUGAAAAGACUGUGUGGGAUUGGGAGCUCAUGAAUGACAUAAAACCAAUCUGGCAGAGACCAUCUAAAGAAGUUGAAGAAGAUGAAUACAAAGCUUUUUACAAAACCUUUUCCAAGGAACACGAUGACCCAAUGGCUUACAUCCACUUCACUGCUGAAGGAGAAGUAACUUUCAAAUCCAUUUUGUUUGUUCCUAAUUCUGCUCCACGUGGCCUGUUUGAUGAAUAUGGAUCCAAAAAAAGUGAUUUCAUUAAGCUGUACGUUCGAAGAGUGUUCAUCACUGAUGACUUCCAUGACAUGAUGCCCAAAUACCUUAACUUCGUUAAGGGUGUUGUGGAUUCUGAUGAUCUUCCUUUGAAUGUAUCUCGUGAAACACUUCAACAACAUAAACUGUUAAAGGUCAUCAGAAAGAAACUUGUUCGCAAAACUCUUGACAUGAUCAAGAAAAUUGCAGAAGAAAAAUACAACGACACAUUCUGGAAAGAGUUUGGUACCAAUGUUAAGCUUGGAGUUAUUGAAGAUCACUCCAAUCGUACACGACUGGCUAAACUUCUUCGUUUCCAGUCUUCUCAUCAUGAAAGUAACCUUACAAGCCUUGACCAGUAUGUGGAAAGAAUGAAAGAGAAGCAAGACAAGAUUUAUUUCAUGGCAGGUGCCAGCAGAAAGGAGGCGGAGUCCUCACCAUUUGUUGAACGCCUUCUGAAAAAGGGCUAUGAAGUGAUCUAUCUGACUGAACCUGUAGAUGAAUACUGCAUUCAGGCUCUGCCAGAGUUUGAUGGCAAGAGAUUUCAGAAUGUAGCAAAAGAAGGAGUUAAGUUUGAAGAAAGCGAGAAGUCUAAGGAGAGUCGGGAGGCCUUGGAAAAGGAAUUUGAACCACUCUUAAAUUGGAUGAAAGACAAAGCUCUCAAAGACAAGAUUGAAAAAGCUGUGCUGUCUCAACGUUUGACACAGUCUCCAUGUGCUCUUGUGGCUAGUCAGUAUGGAUGGUCUGGUAACAUGGAAAGAAUCAUGAAAGCUCAGGCUUACCAAACUGGGAAGGAUAUAUCUACAAAUUACUAUGCUAGCCAAAAGAAGACAUUUGAAAUUAAUCCCAGGCAUCCACUGAUCAAGGACAUGCUGAGGCGAGUCAAGGUAAACAAAUAACAGUGGAGAAAUAGAUUGACUUCUUGUCCACAUAACAACCUAAUUAACAAUUCUGCUUUUUUUUCCAUGUAAUGCUCUUCCACAUUAGGAAAAUGAAGAUGACAAAACGGUUUCAGAUCUUGCAGUGGUCUUGUUUGAAACUGCAACUUUGAGAUCAGGAUAUAUGCUACCAGACACUAAGGAAUAUGGAGACAGAAUAGAAAGGAUGCUUCGUUUAAGUUUAAACGUUGACCUGGAUGCAAAGGUGGAGGAAGAACCUGAAGAACCUGAAGAUGCAGCUGAGGAGGCAGAGCAAGAUGAAGAAGAGGUGGAUGCUGAUGCGGAAGACAGUGAAACACAGAAGGAAUCCACAGAUGUGAAAGAUGAACUGUAAGCUGCACUCAACUACCGUCCUGCACUGGGGGGUUAUGAGGGAAUGUGAAUGAGAUUUUUUUUUUUCCACUGUAACAUGUUGAGGGAUGGUAUGGGGUUUAAGGGUAAAGGAGGAGUUUUUUAAGUUCACUUUUCUAAAAACAUUCCUCAUGAAUGUAAAUUUGUAUUAUUUAACUGACUUGGUGUAAAAUCUUGUCAUGUACAAAAUAAAAUGUUUCCAAACAC